CAUAAAGCGAUGCAUAAAUACUUAACACCAGUGAAUUAAAUUGGAUUUUUCAUUUUAUUUUGACUCGAUUGCUCCAAGAUGGGUCGUAUACCCACCAGAGAGCUCUCGAGCUACCUGCUCACAGGCCGUGUCUUCUCUCGCGAUUGUACUCGACUCCAACGGUUGCCCGCCAGGAAUAUCAGCAAACAGCAUUUUGCAGUAGGGCAGCCCGCCCAGCGACGAUGGAACCACACUGCACCAGAAGCCGGCCACACUACCACGACGCAGCCUCCACCCGGCCAACCAGCCCCCCAUCUACGAAAGAUCCUAAAGGACCAGGCCAAAGCAUCCAAGGCCCAGGCAAAAGGGAAGAAGAAGCGGAGCAGUGCCGAUAACCAAACCGUUCCGGGCUGGGAGCUCACAGUCGGCAUCGAGAUACACGCGCAGCUCAACACGGACCGCAAGCUCUUUUCGCCAGCGCCCCUCGCCUCCACCGAAGACAACACCCGUGCCCCGGCUCCGAACUCGCUCGUCGCCCCCUUCGACCUCGCCAUCCCGGGCACGCAACCGCUCUUCCAACAGGCCACGCUGGUCCCCGCGAUCCGCGCCGCCGUCGCCCUCAACUGCGCCGUCCAGCCCGUCAGUAGCUUCGACAGAAAACACUACUUCCACUGGGACCAGCCCUCGGGCUACCAGAUCACGCAGUACUACGCCCCGCUGGCCAGGGACGGGUACGUGGACCUCCGGGCGCGGGAUGGGAUAGCGGCGCAGGAUGUGGGAGGUGGGGAGCCGCUACGGAUAAGGGUCAAGCAGGUGCAGAUGGAGCAGGACACGGCCAAGACGCUGGCGCGGCCGGACGGCGUCCACUGGCUUGAUUUUAACCGCUGCGGCGCGCCUCUCGUCGAGAUCAUAUCCGAGCCCGACAUCCACCACCCGGCGACGGCGGCUGCGUUUGUGCGCAAGGUGCAGAUGCUGCUCGGCGCAGCGGACGCUUGCGUCGUGGGCAUGGAAAAGGGUGGUCUGCGUGCCGACGUGAACGUUUCGGUCAGGAGGGUGGAGGAUGGUAAGACGUCGUCCGCCAAGCUGGGGCAGAGAACCGAGAUCAAGAACUUGUUCAGUUUCAAGGCGGUCGAGGAUGCCAUCAUCGCCGAGAGGGACAGGCAGAUCAAGCUCCUGGACGAGGGUGGCGUUGUUCUGGGCGAGACGAGAGGUUGGUCGCUCGGGAGCACGGAGACACGGAGGUUACGUGGAAAGGAGGGUGAGGUCGACUACAGAUAUAUGCCUGAUCCGGAUCUGGGGCCCGUCCUGGUCGGUCAAGAUGUCGUGGAGCAUCUGAAGAGCACAAUGGGAGUCAUGCCGGACCAGGAGCUCGAUGAUCUGGUUAGCUCUUACGGCCUUUCGGAGAAGGACGCGAUGUCCCUGAUGCUCCUGGAGGACGGCGGGCGGUUGCAGUUCUACUACAAGACCGUUGACGCUUUGGAGCAGAGGCUUCAGAAUCAGGGCGAUAGUACCAAAGUCACAGCAGAGAGCCUCGUCCAGGCUAGGAUUCUCACGGGCAACUGGAUCUUGCAUGUGCUUGGCAGCCUGACCUCGGAGAACAACCAGCGCGACCGGGCCGCCGCGGGUCUUUCGGAAAGAGACCUAGGGGUUACAUCCGAGGGCGACGCAUUCAUCUCCGCCGACGACCUGGCCGACAUUCUCUUCUUCCUGCACACGAGCCGCAUCCGACAGGGCACGGCCAAGGACCUGCUAUUUGCCAUGUUCAACGAAGUCAUGCCCGCACAGUACAUUAGUACCCCGGCAGGGAUCGAGCGUUACAUCACGGACAAUGAUCUCUGGUUCUCGGAGCUAUCGCCCCAGGAGUACAGCGAGCUGGCCGAGUCUGUGCUGGACGAGGAGGAGCACGUGCUCAAGGAGUUCAUGGGCGCCAGAUACCCGCAGGGAAAGCUUAUGUUUCUGGUGGGCAUGAUGAUGAAGUCGGGUGCCCGGGAGCGGAUAGAUCCCGCCACGGCGCAAAAGGUCAUGCGGGAUGUGGUGGAGACCAGGGUAGCGGCGAUGAAAUAGUUAAUAAAUUCGAUACAGUGCUGCUGGCAAAAGCUGCAUCUUGUGCUGAUUCCUCUAAAUAUGUUUCGGAGGUUUCCAAUUCAUGCUCGGCAUGCAGAUUGCCCCUCGCCUGAGCCUGACGGCAGCAGCUGGUUGUGAUA